GAGGGGGGGGUUUGGGGGUGGUGGGGAGAUGCGCCCCGGCUGCUGGUUUUACGCGGAGAGGAGCGAGGCGCAUGGUUGUGCUCUCUGAGAGGUUACCAAACAGCCUGCCUGCUCUCAUGUCAGCUCCGAGGAUCUGCGCUGGCUUCAAACGGGCUCCCUGUGAGUGAAAUCCAGCCCGAUCAUCUGAGGACGCGACUGACUUUUCCUUCACAUCGCAUUUUUUUAUACGUCGCCAAAAUCCCCGAGGAACGUGCUUAAUUUGAAGUGCCUUUCCCGAGUAGGCCCGCUCCACCAGGACCGGUCUGGACUGAACCCUCAAAAAGUGCCAAACUCACAAGUUUACAGGGGACUUUUUUUUUUUUUUUUGCAUGAUGUACACAAUUACAAGAGGUCCCAGCAAACUGGUCACCCAGCGACGGACAGGCCCCACUCAGCAGCUUGACAACAAAAUAAACGACUUCAAGCACAAACAAACCUCCUGGAGUAUGCCUGGCCUCCCCGCACCCAAGAUAGUUUUCAACCGUCUGAACGGCAAGAAGUAUCAUCACCCAGCUCCGGCUGUCCCGGCAGACAACCAGCAGGAAGAGAGCUCCACCGCCGCGCACGAAGAAAACGCCACAUUUCUCUACGACGCCUGGCAGGAGGUGGUGCAGCAGGAGCAGGUGCCCAGUCAGAGGCCAGUGGAGGCCCAGGGAGCAGUCCACUACAAAGAAACCACUCCCAGCCCACACAUGGACAACUUUGUGCCCAUAGAUCUGGAUGAAUGGUGGGCCCAACGGUUCCUAGCCAAUAUAGACAAGCUGUCCUGACACUCUCCUGGGAUUUGUGGAUCUUGACGGACGGUCAGGAGGUGCGACCUGAAGCAGGAUGGCUCACAGAGGAGAGGAAGCCUGGCAGGAGGUGUGAUGGCUCAAUAUGCCCCAAUGUGAUUCAAAUGGAUGGACAGCACAGCGCUGGGACGCUUAUAUGGAAACCAUAUAAAAUCACUUCACUUGAACUCAAGCCUCCAUCCAUCUCUCAAUAUUCAGUCUGUGACAGACUGGACACUGGAGGAAGAUGGCACCUCAGAGUUGAGGUUUCUCUCGUCUUCAUCACAACAGAUGUCCUGUUACUUUGAAAUGCAGUAAAAUUGUAUUUUCAAGAA